AUGGACUCUACAGUAAUAGUGAAUGUCACAACAGCAGGUUAUAAGCUUGGAUUGGAAGUUCCAAAUGCUGAAGUUUAUGAAGAAUUACAAAUAAAAUCAUCUGAUUUUCCAGAGGAUUUUGUUUUUGGUGCUGCUACUUCUGCAGCACAGAUUGAAGGCUCACCAAAUAAAGAUGGGAAAGGACAAAGUGAUUGGGAAUACCAAGCUAUAAAUUUCCCAGAUAGCAUUGCGAAUAGUAGCAAAUUCCUUCAAGGAAUUGACUCCUAUAAAAGAUACAAGGGAGAUGUGAAGCUUGUGAAAAAACUUGGAGUUGAUUCUUAUAGAUUAUCUCUUGCUUGGACUAGAAUUCUUCCAAGUAAUAAUAGCUAA